AUGCUUGUUCAUCCCGUUUGUAAAUACAAAGGACAGGCAGGAGCAAUUCGUUCUAUUGAUGCUCAUCCAAGUGCCCCUUACGUCGCGACAUGUGGUAUAGAUCGUUUCGUCCGUGUGCAUGAUAUCGAUACGAGGAAGCUUGCACACAAGAAGGAGAUCAACUGCGACAGCGAUUCUGCUUCCGCAAGUGGCUCAGAUGAUGACGAGUCGGUAGAUGAGUGCAAUUGGGAGAAACUAGGUGUAAGCGAUGACGAUGAUCCGAUGAACAAUGGAACCUUAAGAAAGCGACGCGACGAAGAAGCUGCCUCCAUCGAAAAUGAAAGCUGCGGUGAUGAGCCUGCCUCCAAAAAGAGAAGAGUGACCAAGUCGAAGAAACGAAGAGAGGAACCGGAAGCGGCAGAGGAGCCUGCCGAACCAUGCAAAAAAGCCAGGAUCGCCAAAGGAGUUAAACGACACGACGAGAUCAAAGAAGAGGUAAAAUCAUGA